ACAGGUGGAGCAGGUUGUGGUGUAGCUCGGUGUGCUGGUGGAGCAGGUUGUGGUGUACACAUGUGGGGUGUCCUGGUGGAGCAGGUUGCGGUGUACACAUGUGGGGUGUGCUGGUGGAGCAGGUUGCGGUGUACACAUGUGGGGUGUCCUGGUGGAGCAGGUUGCGGUGUACACAUGUGGGGUGUGCAGGUGGAGCAGGUUGCGGUGUACACGUGUGGGGUGUCCUGGUGGAGCAGGUUGCGGUGUACACGUGUGGGGUGUCCUGGUGGAGCAGGUUGCGGUGUACACGUGUGGGGUGUCCUGGUGGAGCAGGUUGCGGUGUACACGUGUGGGGUGUCCUGGUGGAGCAGGUUGCGGUGUACACGUGUGGGGUGUGCAGGUGGAGCAGGUUGCGGUGUACACGUGUGGGGUGUGCAGGUGGAGCAGGUUGCGGUGUACACGUGUGGGGUGUCCUGGUGGAGCAGGUUGUGGUGUACACAUGUGGGGUGUCCUGGUGGAGCAGGUUGUGGUGUACACAUGUGGGGUGUGCUGGUGGAGCAGGUUGCGGUGUACACGUGUGGGGUGUGCAGGUGGAGCAGGUUGCGGUGUACACGUGUGGGGUGUGCAGGUGGAGCAGGUUGCGGUGUACACAUGUGGGGUGUGCAGGUGGAGCAGGUUGUGGUGUACACAUGUGGGGUGUCCUGGUGGAGCAGGUUGUGGUGUACACAUGUGGGGUGUGCUGGUGGAGCAGGUUGCGGUGUACACGUGUGGGGUGUGCAGGUGGAGCAGGUUGCGGUGUACACAUGUGGGGUGUGCAGGUGGAGCAGGUUGCGGUGUACACAUGUGGGGUGUGCUGGUGGAGCAGGUUGUGGUGUACACAUGUGGGGUGUCCUGGUGGAGCAGGUUGCGGUGUACACAUGUGGGGUGUGCAGGUGGAGCAGGUUGUGGUGUAGCUCGGUGUGCUGGUGGAGCAGGUUGUGGUGUACACAUGUGGGGUGUCCUGGUGGAGCAGGUUGCGGUGUACACGUGUGGGGUGUGCUGGUGGAGCAGGUUGCGGUGUACACGUGUGGGGUGUGCAGGUUGCGGUGUACACGUGUGGGGUGUGCUGGUGGAGCAGGUUGUGGUGUACACGUGUGGGGUGUGCUGGUGGAGCAGGUUGUGGUGUACACGUGUGGGGUGUCCUGGUGGAGCAGGUUGCGGUGUACACGUGUGGGGUGUGCUGGUGGAGCAGGUUGCGGUGUACACGUGUGGGGUGUGCUGGUGGAGCAGGUUGCGGUGUACACGUGUGGGGUGUCCUGGUGGAGCAGGUUGUGGUGUACACAUGUGGGGUGUGCUGGUGGAGCAGGUUGCGGUGUACACAUGUGGGGUGUCCUGGUGGAGCAGGUUGCGGUGUACACAUGUGGGGUGUCCUGGUGGAGCAGGUUGCGGUGUACACAUGUGGGGUGUGCAGGUGGAGCAGGUUGCGGUGUACACAUGUGGGGUGUGCAGGUGGAGCAGGUUGCGGUGUACACAUGUGGGGUGUCCUGGUGGAGCAGGUUGCGGUGUACACAUGUGGGGUGUGCUGGUGGAGCAGGUUGCGGUGUACACGUGUGGGGUGUGCUGGUGGAGCAGGUUGCGGUGUACACGUGUGGGGUGUGCUGGUGGAGCAGGUUGCGGUGUACACAUGUGGGGUGUGCAGGUGGAGCAGGUUGCGGUGUACACAUGUGGGGUGUGCAGGUGGAGCAGGUUGUGGUGUACACAUGUGGGAGUCUGA